AUGGGGUCUAACAGUGGCGAUCUCGUUGAUAUCCUGCCCGCAGACGAGCGGAGGGAGCCCGGAUCGGCCAACCUCAAGGUGGCCAAGUACCCGGCCCCGGCGGACAUUGCAGGCGACGACCCGGCCAAGGAAGCAGAGUCCAUCAUCGCCAGCCUCAACCAGGCCCUCGCGGCCAGGGACUACAAUGCCGUGUCGCAGCUCUUCCACGACGACUCGUACUGGCGCGACCACCUCGCCCUCACCUGGGAGUUCCGCACCCUCGACAACCCCAGCAAGAUUGCCGACCUCCUCAGCAAGGAGUGCCGGCUGGUCCAGGUCGAGCUGGACACAUCUGCCGCACACAAGGCGCCACAGGUCGCGUCGAUUGACGCGCUCGGCACGGUCAAGGGCGUCGUCUUCUUCACCACGUUCACCACGACGCUCGGGUCUGGGCAGGGCUUCGUGCGGCUGGCCAAGGUUGGAGGCAAGUGGAAGUUCUACACCUUCUUCACGACUCUGAAGAAGCUCAAAGACGUGGACGAGCCGCGGGCCGCCAAGAGACCUGUGGGCCACGGCCAUGGUCCCGACAAACCAGAGAAGAACUGGAAAGAGCUCCGCGACCAGGAGCAGAGUUAUGAAGGGUCCGAACCUGCCGUACUCAUUAUCGGAGCCGGACAAGGUGGCCUGUCGCUGGCUGCACGGCUGAAGAUGCAGAAUGUCGACGCACUCAUCGUCGACAGGCAGAAGAGGGUAGGCGACAACUGGAGGAACCGAUACCGGCGCCUUGUCCUGCACGACCCGGUGUGGCUCGACCACCUGCCCUACGUCAACUUUCCGGACCACUGGCCCAUCUACACGCCCAAGGACAAGCUGGGCGACUUCUUCGAGGCCUACGUCAACCUGCUGGAGCUUAACGUGUGGCUCGAGACGGAACUGGUCUCGUCGGAAUGGGACGACGCGAAGCAGCAGUGGACCGUCACGGUCGAGCGCACGCUCGGAGACCAAAAGACCAGGCGCACGUUUCACCCGCGGCACGUCGUGCAGGCGACAGGCCACUCUGGCAAGAAGAACUUCCCAACGAUCAAGGGCAUGGAGACGUUCGAGGGCCCGUUGUGCCACAGCUCCGAUUUCCGCGGGGCCGCGCCCAACUCGCAAGGGAAGCGGGCGAUCGUGGUCGGGUCGUGCAACUCGGGCCACGAUAUUGCGCAGGACUUUUACGACAACGGGUACGAUGUGAUGAUGGUGCAGCGGUCGAGCACGCUCGUCGUGUCGACCAAGAACAUCUCGGACAUCUUCCUGUAUCCCUUGUACUCGGAGGUGGGGCCGCCAGUCGAGGACGCGGACAUGAUGUUUAUUGGCACGCCGUGGCCGCUGCACAAGGCGCUCAACGUCGAGGCCACCAGGAUCUCGUUUGAGGCGGACCGGCCGAUGCUCGAGGGCCUGACGAAGGCCGGGUUCAAGCUGGACAAGGGACCGGACGGGGCGGGGUUAUUCUACAAGUACUUCCAGCGCGGAGGCGGCUACUACAUCGACGUGGGCACGAGCCAGGUCAUUGCGGACGGGGGCAUCAGGAUGAAGAGCGGGACAGAGCCGAGCGAGAUCACGGCCCGGGGGAUCCGGUUUGCGGACGGGGAGGAUCUCGAGGCGGACGAGAUAGUGUUUGCGACGGGGUACCAGAACAUGCGGACGCAGGCGCGGGCCAUGUUUGGGGACAGGCUGGGCGACAAGGUCGGGGACGUCUGGGGCCUGAGCGAGGAGGGCGAGUUCCGGACCAUGUGGCAGCGCAGCGGACACCCGGGGUUCUGGUUCAUGGGCGGCAACCUGGUGCUGUGCCGGUACCACUCGCAGCUGCUGGCGCUGCAGAUCAAGGCGCUCGAGGAGGGGAUCGCGACGUACGACAAGGUGUAG